CUGUAUAUUGAACCAGUAUAAAGGGUUUUUUUAAAAAAAAAAGUCAAGGGAGGACACAGUAUAAGUGCCUCUGAGCUCAUCUUUCCAAUUCUUCUCUCUAAACUUAAAUGACCUCCUACAUCUGAAACGCGAUGGAGUGUUUCUGAGCCUUGUUCUUGGAGGCUGCCCUUGAUCACUUGUGCCAACAUCGGACUAAAAGUGUAAGCUUGGCAGCCAGCCAUUUCCCUAUUUAAAUUUGUCGACCCUCCGUCAAAACGUUUGAGGCGGAUAGCAAUGCAGGACACACUUCAGGGAAAGCAGGUCUACGUGAAAAGGAGGAACAGCCAUAAAAGAAAGCUGAUGGAUCUCACAUCCAUGGUCGUUAUUCCACUGCUUUUUGGCAGCUUCGGAAUCUUCAGCCUCUUCUGGCUGCUUCAGCGACUGCGGGUGAAGGCCUAUCUCAAGGAUGCUGUGGUGGUGAUCACAGGAGCAACAUCUGGACUAGGGAAGGAAUGUGCCAAGGCUUUCCAUGCUGCUGGGUCAAAACUAGUGCUGUGUGGAAGGAACGGAGAGAGGCUUCAAGACCUUCUCCAGGAGCUCUCUACUGCUGCUGUCCACUCAAAGAAUCCCCAUAAACAUCACACUGUGAUCUUUGACCUCUCUGACACUAAAGCAGUCAUUAGGGCUGCUGAGGAGAUUUUAAAGUGUGCUGAUCACGUGGACAUCUUGAUCAACAAUGCUGGGAUCAGUUACCGUGGCACCAUUGUGGACACUGUAGUGGAGGUGGACAGGAAAGUGAUGGAAACCAAUUACUUUGGCCCAGUCGUUUUGACAAAAGCAAUUCUGCCUUCCAUGAUCAAGAGGAGACAAGGCCACAUUGUGGCUAUCAGCAGCGUUCAAGGCAAAAUUGGCAUUCCUUUUCGCUCAGCAUAUGCUGCCUCUAAGCAUGCCACACAAGCCUUUUUUGACUGCCUGCGAGCAGAAGUGGAGCAGUAUGGUAUCGAUGUUACUGUUGUGAGUCCUGGCUACAUUCAGACAAAUCUCUCGCUUAAUGCUGUAACAGCAGACGGAUCCCAAUAUGGAGUGAUGGACAAGACAACCACUGCAGGCAAGGCAGCUGCAGAGGUGGCUCAGGUGAUUCUCAACGCUGUUGGGGAGAAGAAAAAGGAGGUGCUGGUUGCUGGCUUCACACCUUCUCUGGCAGUGUACCUGCGAACGCUGUGUCCUAGGCUGUUCUUCAUAUUUAUGGCAUCUAGAGCCCGAAAGGAGAGGAAAGCCAAGGAUUCUUAGCCCCACUUGAAAUAGUAGAAGCUACCAGUUACUGUGUCUAGGGUUUGUGGGAAGCGUGAACUUUGGGGACUUCUUACUUGCAUCUCUCUCCCUUGGGUGAAAAAUUGGAUCCAGGCUUGUGCUGCUUGCAGAUCAUUGAUGGCGUCUGAAGAGCCGCUGCCACCACUUAAAAGCUUUCUUGGCCCCAGCCUGAAGAGCUUUAACUGCAAGGAGUUAUACCACACGGAAUGUCUCCUGCUUGUUGAAAUGAACAAGAACUGCACUCUUCCACCGCACCAUUUGUUUUAUUGGGGCUUGUCCACAAGACAACAGCAACUGACAGCUUACUAUUCUUAAUUUCCUCUUGCCUAGGUUGUCAUGAACAUGUGUUGGGGAAGAGGAUGAAGGAGUUCUAUUGUAUCUAAUACCAACCUCCUAAACAAUAUAAGUGGCUGCAGUCUAAAUCUUUAUGCCAGGGUGAGGAGCCAAGGGAGUGCAGGCUUGUUUGUGCAUGCGUUGCCCAACUUCAUUUACUACCUUUUCAGACAGGACUGGAGAAACCAUCCCCACUUUUGUUCCUAAUGAGGGCAGCCUAACAGUAUUUGUGCAUGUUAAGCUCAGAGCAGGCGCUGGGUGGAAACUACUGGUAACCCACUACCACAUCUGUCAAAAAGUUGGUUUUGCUGGAGAGUUAAUACAGGGGGGGGGGAGUGCACAAAGCAGCUUCCUCCAUAGAUAGACCUGCCUUGUUAACUGCUAUUGAAAUAGCCAAUAUUAGAGAGGAAAUAUGUGUAUUCUGUUCAUGCUGCAAUCUCUCUGAAUUUGGUUUCCAAUACAAAAGGAAUAGCAACACCCUUGCCUGACAGCAGUAGAACCAGCCUCCAUCUCCCAUUCAAUUUUAGGAGCUCUCUAAUACCAAAUGCAUGUAUACUCUCCCUCCUCCAGAUUCAAAAACCUGUUUCAAAAGUUGUUGAAAGCAGAAUUUUUCAUAGCCACAUGUAUGUUGCUUUGAUGCAAUUUAUUCCCACCAAAUUACUUUGUGUUCCUUAGCAAAGGCCAUGCUUCUGAUAAGACAAGACAGAAAUCCAAUCCUUGCAACAUUCACUGCCUUGUGCACUCUGGAUAAGUAGCAGGAUGUUCCUCAGUAUUUUUAACCUUUAGAUAAAUAUUAGAGAUGGUUUAUACCAACAGAAACUAAAAUACUUUACAGAA